AUGCUAUUAUUCUCUCUCUUUUUCUCUCUCUCUCUUUUUCUCUCUCUCUCUUUUUCUCUCUCUCUCUUUUUCUCUCUCUCUCUCUUUCUCUCUCUUUAUUUCUAUUUCUCUCUCUCUCUCUUUUCCUCUCUCUCUCUCUCUUUUUCUCUCUCUCUCUCUUUUUCUCUCUCUCUCUCUUUUUUUCUCUCUCUCUCUCUUUUUCUCUCUCUCACUAUCUGCUCUUUCUAUCCUAUUAAAAUAUCUCUCUCUCUACCUAAUGACACAAUUUCUCUCUCUCUCUCUCUCUCUUCCUACUAUAUUUCCUCCUCCUGUUCUCUCUCUCUCUCUUUAUCCUAUAAUCUCUCUCUCAGUAUACUAUUGCUUUUUCCACACUCUACUCAAUUUUCAUACCUACUCUCUCUGUUGCUUUCUCCCUCAUGCACUCAUCUUUUUUUCUGUUUCUCCCCCUCUCUCUUCUAUAUUAUGCUUUUUUUUCUCUUUCCUAUACCGUGUCCUUCUUUUGUGAUCUCACUCUUAAUUCUUCAUUUAUUCUCUCUACUCUCCGUUCUCUUUCCUGCUAUUACCCUCUCCACACUCUCUAUCUUCUUACUCACACUUUAA